AUGCUUUGUAUCAAGCGAGACUCAACGACAGCCGAUGGCAUGCCGUAUGUGCUUCUAAAGAAGGUAAUUAUUGAAGCAAAAAUUUAUUCAUUAGAUGCUGAAGUAACUCUAACACAAAUAUUUUGUAAUAACGAACAUACAACAGGCGAAAUGAUUUAUUGCUUCCCAAUCAAAAGAGUUGGAGGAACUAUUAAGUCAUUUGUGGCACUCAUAGAUGGCCAACAUAUUGUUGACAUCAAGAACGUACAACGAGACUACACAGAUCAACUGACUCAUGAUACCGAUGCCUAUUCAUUGGAAAGAGAUGAAAAUUUACAAGAUAACUUUAUCAUCAAAGUUGGUACUGUGCUUCCAUCGCAAGAAUGUACAAUUAACAUCAAUUAUACUACAAAAUUAGGAAUUCUGUCAAAUGCAAACAUUCAGUUUGUCAUUCCAAUGAUUGAGAUACAUCAUAAUAAUAGAUAUGUGCAAUCAAAUUCGUAUACAACCGAUUUUCAUUGUACUGUAGAUAACAUGGUCGACUACAACCGACGCGAGAUCACUCAAAUUACUUCACCAUCACAUUUUAUACAUGUCGAGCUUUCAAAACAAAAUAUUUACUACAUCAAAUUCACGGAACAGAGCACUUACUUAGAUAGAGACAUUCAGAUCAAUAUUGAACAAACCGAAAAACCAAUGGGCAAAAGUGUGGCUGCUUUCUCUUCUAAAAUUCUGACUACCAACACGGUCGGUCAACCAUUUGAUUAUUAUUGUGUACUCGACUUUGAAGCUGUAUGCCACCAAGUAAAUUCCAGUUUGAAAAGACCGGCACCCAACGAUAUUUGGGAAAUUAUUGAGUUUCCUAUUUGUUUACUCUCAGCUGAAACUAAUACAAUCAUUGAUAUCUAUCACAGCUAUGUUCGACCAUCAAUUAAAACAACUUUGAAUGACGUAUGUAUUUCCAUCACUGGUAUCACUCAAUCUAUUGUUGACAGUUUUCCAACAUUUGAUAUUGUUUGGGAACAAGUUCAACAAUUUUUACUCAAACAUUCAUUAAUUUCGUUAGCGCAUCACAAUUCUAGUUGUCAUAGUUUUACUUGGAUAACAUGUGGCAACUGGGAUUUAAAAACAAUGUUACCGUUACAAUUAAAACAAAGUCGAUUAGAUAGACCUAAAUUUAUUAAUGAAUUUAUUAAUAUAAAAGAGUUGUACAUGGAAUAUUAUUCAUCAACUCGUAUUAGAGGAAUGAAAGAUUUGUUAAAAAAACUAAAUUUAAAAUUAGAAGGACGACAUCAUUCUGGAAUUGACGACACAAAAAAUAUAACUAAAAUCGCACAAUGGUUUAUUGAACAUAAACAUCCACUAAAAUUAACAUACAAAGAAAGUGGGCACAAAUGA